AUGAAGAAAUCAAGCUAUUCCUCUCUGAGAGCAUCAAGCUCACGGUUCCCCCGGCCUCUCCAAACGCCACCUUUCAGUCUACCCGGCGAUUGGGGUGUUCAUGAUGUCCCUCGGUCCGAUGGCUCCAAAUCUGACAAGUAUUACUUAGAGCCAGGGACUGGGAAAAAGUUGAGAUCACUAAGAGAAGUGGAGAGGUACCUGAACGGAGAAACGGUUUCUCGCAGACGCAAAUCCAGAGUAGUCAUUGCAUCCAAUCGUCCCAGCAGCGGGAUAUCGACAUCUAGAGAAGAGCGGUUGGCGAGCCCUCCUCCAUCCAAAGUGAAUUGGGCACUUGCUAGUCCUCAAGGGGAUGCCUGGAAUCCUUCCAUCGGUGAAACAUUGAUCUCCGAUGCCGAAAAGCAAGAAUGGAGAAAGGGAUUUGUGUCGGCCCUUAAUAUGAACAAUGCAGUAGAAGAGAGGUCAUUGGCAACGGAGCAACAGCCCCCGCAAGCAGCAGCGGAGGAAAACAUUAUUCACCAAUCAGUGGAAGAGGAGGGAGGACUAAGGCGUCGUUCUUCUCGCACCAAGAAACUAGCAUAUCACCGAGAUUUUUUCUAUAACUAG